CGGAUUUUCAAAGUGGAAACGCAUUUACAACAACCGAACCGCCUCCAUGCUUGAGUGACAUGGAUAUGUUGUAUAUAAGUAGCGACACAUUGCUAAAACAGCACUCAUCUAACUAACAGUCGGAGGUUCACUUGCAACAAUGUCGAAGAAAGGAUUUAUGGAGCGUUUGGAGAAUGGCGGCGACGUCAUCAUGGCAGAAGGCUUCGUGUUUGAGUUUGAGAGAAGGGGCUAUCUACGCGCAGGGCCGUUUGUUCCAGAGGUGGUUCUGGAUUAUCCACACCUUGUCAGAAGUCUGAGUGAGGAGUUUGUCCACGCUGGAAGUGAAGUCGUCCUGGCGUUUACCUAUUAUGGCCACCGGGAGAAGCUGAGGCUGAUCGGGAAGGAACAUCUUCUGGAGAAACUCAACAAGGAUGCUCUGAAGAUUGCGAAAGAAGUGGCUGACGAGUCCGGGACGCUGAUGGCGGGGAACAUCUGCAACACCACUAGAUAUAGGAAAGAUAGCCAAGAACACAUUGAGCAGACCGAAGCAAUAUUUAAGGAGCAGAUAGAGUGGGCGGUGGAGUACGAUGCUGACCUGAUACUGGCUGAAACAUUUGUUGAACUUGGGGAAGCCAAGCUUGCUCUUGAGUGCAUCCAGAAGUAUGGACAAGGCAAACCGUCCGUUGUGAACAUUAACCCUAUCGCCGCCGACAAGACUCUUGAUGGUAUACCCUACGCCGAAGCCUGCCGCCAGCUGGAAGCUGCUGGGGCCAACGUUGUAGGCUACAACUGUUGUCGCGGACCCGCUACUACCAUCCCGCUGAUCCGGGAGCUGAGAAAGACUUGCAAGGGUCCGAUAGCUGCCUUCCCUGUUCCCUACAGAACAUCACCUGAGUUCCCCACAAUGCAGUCGCUUAUUGACCCGUAUACAGGCAAGAGGGCCUUCCCAGACCUCUCUUCCCAACUGUGUGGGGUAGCGGAGGUGACGGAUUUCGCCAAAGAAUGCAAAGAAAUCGGUGUCCAGUUUGUCGGCCUCUGUUGCGGAAACACGCCGGCGAUGACAAGAGCCGUCGCCGAGGCCUACGGUCGUCGUCCACCUGCCUCCAUCUUCUCUCCAAACAUGGAGAAACAUUUCAUCUUCGGAAAGGACAAAUACUUCUCCGACAACUUCUACCUGACCCAGCUUAGAGAGGGCAUGUCGAAAACCAAGUGAUCUGACAUGGUCAGACAAACUCUUGACUCACAUUUUAAAAGCUGUUAUGUAUCAGCUGUUGUGAACAUUAAUUUGCACAUAAAGUAUUAUAUUCCAGAUACCAAGUAUCUAUCAAUCCUGCUUGUAGCUAGUUUGUAGCUAGUAAAUACCUCAUUUAGACGCCAAUAGCCUUGCCUUUUCGAAGUCAGGUUUCUUAGUUUGUGAGAUAAUGGUAUGUAUUGUGCUGUAUUGUCCACUCAGGAGAUGAUACGAUUUCACGCAAUAUUUCAAAAUGUUGUUUUGUUGUAUUCUCUCACAUAAAAUAGUAUAAUACUAUAA